CCGGUCACCAUUCAAGCCAAGCUGUUCACAGAAGGACCGAACGAUGGUCUUUGCGACUGGGUAAACUAUAUGCACCAACAUCAGCACCAUUACCACCACCUACAGCAGCAAUACGGCCACCAGACUCAGCAUGGACAGACGACUCUGAACUUUAUUUGA